UCUUUAGAGAGAAACCGAAAAGCAAAUAAAUAAAUCAAUCUUGAUUGAGACAAACGCUAUUUGUUCAUCAGUUCUUGAGGAAUUCAAGAAAAGGGUUUUUGUGUGCGUGAUUGAAUUAGAAAUAGUGGUUGAGUUGAGCUGUGUUGUGUUAUUGAAUUGAAGAAGAAUUAUGAGCUCUCAUUCUCAAGUUCGAAAUGAUAGAAAUGAUAGAAGGGAUAGGCCUAGAUUUACUGCUCAAGGUGCCCGCCAAGAAUGGAUCCCAAGAGGAGCAACACCCACGUCUUCAGUAAUAACCCCACCUCAGGCCUCGAAUGUAAUUGGAAAUGGGAUUGGUGGGCCAACAAGUUAUAGCUCCAUGCCGCGAGAUAACCACGGCAGAGGAAGAAUUGACUUCAGAGGGCAAAAGGGGCAACCUGUGAAUAAUCGUCGGGAUAGGAAUGGGAGUAAGGAUAAGAAGGAGCAGGACCCGAAUAUGCCACAACUUGUACAAGAAAUUCAGGAGAAGCUCGCGAAGGGUUCGGUUGAGUGCAUGAUUUGUUAUGAUAUGGUUAGGAGGUCUGCACCAAUAUGGUCUUGCUCGAGUUGUUACUCAAUUUUCCAUUUGAAUUGCAUUAAGAAAUGGGCUCGGGCGCCUACUUCUGUUGAUUUGUCAGCUGAGAAGAGUCAGGGGUUUAACUGGCGGUGUCCGGGAUGUCAAUCUGUGCAGCUGCUGUCAUCAAAGGAGAUUCGGUAUGUUUGUUUUUGUGGGAAGAGGCCUGACCCACCUUCUGAUUUGUAUUUGACUCCACAUUCGUGUGGGGAACCAUGUGGGAAGCAGCUUGAGAGCGAGAUUCCAAAUUCUGGUUUGAGUAAGGAGGAUCUUUGCCCUCAUGUUUGUGUCUUGCAGUGCCAUCCAGGUCCAUGCCCUCCUUGUAAGGCAUUUGCUCCACCCCGUUUGUGCCCUUGUGGGAAAAAACUAAUUACAACUCGAUGCUCUGAUCGAAAGUCUGUUCUAACCUGUGGUCAGCAGUGCAAUAAGCUUCUUAGUUGCUUGCGGCACCGGUGUGAGCAGAUAUGCCAUUUGGGUCCUUGUGAUCCUUGCCAGGUUCUUGUCAAUGCAUCAUGUUUUUGCAAGAAAAAGCUGGAGGUUGUUCUUUGUGGAGACAUGGCUGUGAAGGGGGAAAUUAAAGCAGAAGAUGGUGUCUUUUCUUGUUGUUCAACUUGUGGAAAGGAGCUUAGUUGUGGACACCAUAAAUGUGGUGAAAUUUGUCACCCUGGCCCUUGUGGGGAUUGCGAAUUGAUGCCAAGUAAGAUCAAGUCUUGUCAUUGUGGAAAAACAAGCUUGCAGGAGCAAAGGAAGAGUUGUUUGGACCCAAUUCCAACUUGCACACAAAAAUGUGGCAAAGCUCUUGCUUGUGGAGUGCACCAUUGUAAUGAGGUGUGCCAUUCUGGGGAUUGUCCACCUUGUUUGGUUCAUGUCACUCAAAAGUGUCGUUGUGGUUCAACAUCUCGAACUGUGGAAUGCUAUAAAACAACAGGGGAUGAGAAGUUCACAUGUGAAAAGUCUUGUGGGCGGAAGAAGAAUUGUGGCAGGCACCGGUGUAGUGAACGGUGUUGCCCUCUUUCCAACUCUAACAACCUUGUUUCUGGAGAUUGGGAUCCACACUUUUGCCAAAUGUCCUGUGGGAAGAAGCUGAGGUGUGGACAGCAUUCUUGUGAAUCGUUGUGUCACAGUGGUCAUUGCCCUCCCUGCCUUGAAACAAUCUUCACUGAUCUGACUUGUGCUUGUGGGAGGACUUCAAUCCCUCCUCCUUUGCCUUGCGGUACACCUACUCCUUCAUGUCAGCUCCCUUGUGUAGUUCCUCAGCCUUGUGGCCAUUCAGCAUCUCAUAGUUGUCAUUUUGGAGAUUGCCCACCUUGUUCAGUGCCUAUAGCUAAGGAGUGCAUUGGUGGGCAUGUGGUUCUCAGGAACAUACCUUGUGGGUCAAAGGAUAUUAGAUGUAACAAGCUCUGUGGCAAGACCAGGCAGUGUGGUAUGCAUGCAUGUGGCCGAACUUGUCACCCAGCGCCUUGUGAUACUGCUGGAGUAUCUGUAUCAGGCUUGAAAACUUCUUGCGGGCAGAUCUGUGGUGCUCCAAGGAGAGAUUGCAGGCAUACAUGUAAAGCAUUAUGCCACCCUUCUGCCAUUUGUCCUGAUGUAAGAUGUGAAUUUACUGUUACCAUCAGUUGUUCUUGUGGCAGAAUCACAGCCAGUGUUCCUUGCGAUGCUGGAGGCAGCAAUAGUGGUUUUAAUGCUGAUACUGUUUUAGAAGCUUCCCUUCUCCAAAAGUUACCUGUGCCACUUCAACCAGUGGAAUCAACUGGCAAGAAGAUUCCUCUGGGUCAGAGAAAGCUUAUGUGUGAUGAUGAAUGUGCUAAAUUGGAACGUAAACGGGUUCUUGCAGAUGCCUUUGAUAUCAACCCUCCAAAUUUGGACGCACUUCAUUUUGGUGAGAACUCUGCUGUGUCUGAGUUGCUUGCAGACCUGUAUAGGCGAGAUCCGAAAUGGUUGCUUUCUGUGGAGGAGAGAUGCAAGGUCUUGGUGCUCGGAAAGAACAGAGUAUCUACAAAUGGUCUUAAGGUUCAUGUUUUCUGUCCAAUGCUGAAGGAUAAGAGAGAUGCAGUAAGGCUAAUAGCUGAGAGGUGGAAGCUUGUUGUCCAAGCUGCUGGUUGGGAGCCGAAGCGUUUCAUUGUGGUUCAUGUCACACCCAAAUCUAAGCCCCCACCGCGGAUUAUGGGGAUCAAGGGUGCAUCCACUGUAAAUGCAACUCAUCCACCAGCUUUUGAUCCUCUAGUGGACAUGGAUCCCAGGCUUGUUGUUUCUUUUCCAGAUUUGCCCAGGGAAGCAGAUAUAAGUGCAUUGGUAUUAAGAUUUGGAGGGGAAUGUGAACUGGUUUGGUUGAACGACAAGAAUGCAUUGGCUGUAUUUCAUGAUCCGGCCCGGGCAGCAACUGCCAUGAGGAGGUUGGAUCACGGAUCAGUUUAUUAUGGGGCUGUUGUGGUUAUGCAAAAUGGUGCAUCAGCAGCAUCAACAGCAACCAACGCCUGGGGAGGUGCAGGGACAGUCAAGGAAGGAGUGACCCUUGCAUCUCUGAAGGGCAACCCAUGGAAGAAGGCUGUAGUUCAAGAGCCGGGUUUGAGAGAAAAUUCAUGGGGUGAAGAAGAAUGGUCUGGUGAUUUCGGAGAUCUGCAGGCAUCCGCAUGGAAAAAGAAAGAUGCUCCUAUUGCUGCUUCAAUAAACCGCUGGACUGUCCUAGACUCAGAAACAUCUACGAGUUCAUCUGCUGCACCUCUGAGAGCUGAAGAUCCUUUAAAAAGGGCAGCAACUCAAUCCAGUUCAGGAUUUGAGUCAAAUUCAAGUAGCUCAAAUCCAGCAGGGCAGCCUGGGACAACAACUUUGAAUGAAACAGAUCAGUCAGAGGUGGUUGAUGACUGGGAGAAGGCGUAUGAUUGAUAGAAAUGAUAUAUUUGAACAAACUUAUGAUUUUGAGAGCAAAAAAAAAAAAAAAAAAAAAACAUUUUUUUUUUUGCUUUUUCGUUUAAUCAACGAGCGUAUUUUCUAUAAUUCGCAUUCCCUUUGCUUAGUUUUUUUUGUCAUUAAAUUGUGGUGGGAAGUGCGAACAUUUAAUUUCGCUGUACGGAAGAUAUUGAUAUUUUCUGUGUAGGUGAAUAUUUGUUAUAUGGAAGAAGAAGCUAGAAAUACUAUUUUGUAAUUGAGGGUAUUCUGCUUGUCAAAAGAAGUUUGUAAUGUCAUUUUUUACAGAGAA